GAAUUGCCUGUUCCAGUCGCUCUCCAGCUAGAGCCCGGCCAACCUCUUGUGCGCACAUGCACUGGCAUCUCCUGUGCUGAAAUUUUUGAGUGUCUGUCUCUCCCGCCACCUGUGGCAAGAUGGGGUUCUGGACGUCAUCCCCAGCUGAGAGCAGGGCCCAACAUCAGGGCUCAGGGGAGGCCGCACGGGACGUGGGUCGCUUGGUGGGCAGCGGACAACAUCCACCAGAAAGUGGGCAAUCUCAACAGGACCCCAAAAGGAAGGGAUUGCCCUUGUUGCGCGAUUGUAGAACGCCGGAAUUGGUGGAGUGGCUCAAGGUGGAGGGCAGCAACCAGGAGUUUGUGGUCAAGGUUCAGGAGCGGCAGUUUGACGGGGAGACGCUGUGGCAGUACCUCAAGCGCAUGCAGCAAGUGCCCUUCUGGGCGCGACUCGCCAUCUCCACGCAGCGCUGGAACGACCUGCAGGAUGCGGCCAUCCGGGACAACGCGAUACAUAAGCAGCGGCAGAAGGAGGACAUGCGGUACAUCAAGGAAACUCUGAGCUUUAUCCGGAAGAUGAUGGACCAGUACAAUUAGUAGAGCUUGUCUAGCUAGGUGUAGACAGGGCGUAGUAGGGCAGGUCGCUUGUAGAGUCAGUCGAAGUGUUGAAAGCAGAUCGAGAUCAUCAAAAGUAGGUUCAUAGUUUUCACUGGCGGCAGAAGGACGACAUCGUUGCUUCGAUAAACUUAGGUCCCAUAGGACGAAUGGGAUUCAUGCCUGGAAUCUAGCAGAGUAGCAACAUUUUUAAGUUUGCAAGUUGCUGUACUGCAUUUUCACUUCCUUCGACCGGUGCUUCCGUUUACGUAUCAAU